AUGGGAAGUCACUGCUCCUUCAAUGGCGGUUGGUCUAAGUCUGAUAAUCAUCAUGUGGUUAAACGAGGAGAAUGUUCAUCACUUAUCCCUCCCCAUCUUCCUCUAGAUUUAAGUGCGAGUGUGUUGUUGGAUUGGCAGCAAAACCACGCCGAUGAGUUUCCCAUCCAAGAGAGCUUUUACGACGAUGCUUAUCUUCCAUUGAUGAACAGUUCUUGCUUAUAUGCUCCUUUGGACAUUGAACAUAGUCCAACAACACAAGAGGAGCACCUUCUUGGAUAUGAAAAUGGCAGUGGGUUUUGGAAUGAGCUUGGAGCAUUGUUUGAACCCAAAAAUCAAAAGCUUUUGAAGGUUGAUAAUGGAGAUCGUUGUGGAGAGCAAGGAUUGAUGAAGGAAAAUAAGGCUAAAAGGGAAAAGAAAAGCAACCCUAAUGCUAAAUUGCUGUCUAAGGAAGUGAUCUCCCAAUACUUUUACAUGCCCAUAACACAAGCUGCUAAAGAGCUUAACGUGUUGCAGACGGAAGAAGAAGGGGAGGGAAGCGAGAAGAAACUGAGGGAAGCAAUGGAGGUUUUGGGACAGGAGAAGAAGAUGUUGGAAAUGAUGCCGGACAUGGAACUGGAAGACAAAACUAAGAGGCUUAGACAAGCGUGUUUCAAAGCGAAUUACAAGAAGAGGAAGCUGAUGAAGUCGACAACGAUGGAGCAGUCGCCGCUGUCGAUGUCGUCUUCUGGUACUACUGCUGCUGGUAGAGUACUACCUUAUGACAUGAGAAAUGAUGAAGAAGAAGAAGAAGCAGAAAUGAAAGCUCUUUCAUCCAACUCUUUUUCGUCGACCAACAUCAUCAUCUAA